CCAUUGAAGUUGACAUUUAAAACGCUUCAAUGGGUUAAAUAGUUCACAUAUGGGAUCUGGAAAGUUAGUGCUAGGUGAGAGGUGGGAGAGAUACUUGGCAAGGAUGUUUGGGAAGGCUGUUUGGGGAACGGUCUGUUUGCAGCUGUAUCCCUAAAAUCAGUGGGGAAACAUUCCAAGGGCACACAGCUGUAGAACGAUGGACACGUCAGAGGUGGAGGAACUGCUGUCUCCAACUAAAGAGUUUCUACUCACAUACUUUAUGCCAGAGAAAUGUUACAACUACUUUUUUGUCGACUUAAACUUUCUUCACGGUGAGGUCUGCUUGCCUGUUGGCCCGGCAAGGAUGUGCUGCUGACGUGAUAUUCAUUUUAGAUUUGUUAUUGAAAGAUGCUUGCGUAGAGCGAAGCUCAGGAAACUUGCAGGCGUGAUUGAUACCAAGUUUUACAAUGUUUUGGCAGCUUUGUAUACAGUGUUUUUAUAAGCCUUGCCGAAGGUCUUGUAAAGCCUACAGUAGAUAGUUUGUAGCAUUUUAACAAGCCCUCCACCACAGAUUUGCAUAUGAUAAUUUGCUGGGUCACAACUUCACUCUUAUAACGUUACUGGUAUAGGUUGUCUGACAAAACGUUUUUUUUGUGAUAAUAGUGCCAUGCUGGAAGAUAGUUCUGAGCCAAACUGUGGGAGUGUGGAUCAUUCUUGGGACUGUGAUGGGUGAGAAACGUAUAUCUCUCCCUCAGUCUUUGACUUCUCUCACACACAUUAUGCUAGGAUUAAUAAUUGGGAAACGUCUGUUAGGCAUAGCUUCUAUAUCUAAAUAUCUCUUUCUCUCUGUUGCUAUGCCUUUUAGAUUUUUUCCCUCUCUCAUAUGCCCUUCCCUCUCCUCCACCCUUCCGUCUGCCCUAUAGCGCAGCUCCCUCAGCUGUGGAAGGUACUGAGGGCCAGGAGUACAUCAGGGAUCAGUUGGUGGGCUGUCCUACUGCAGGUCUAUGCCAUCACAGGUCCUGUGGUCUACUGCAUCACCAACAACUUCCCCCUUGAGUAUGAUCAAUUAAUAUCUGUUUUAUUACAAACUCCUUUUUAACAAAAGUGAUUUACACUAAUCCGGCCUACAGUAUGAUGCUGAUGAGCACAGACCAGUGAAUUGGACAAAGCCUGUUAUUGACAAAACAUUGUGUUUUCGUCUUCCCCACGUGUGUGUGUCUGUUUGUUGCACAGAGCUUGGGCAGAGAGACUAUUCAUGUUGAUGCAGUGUUUGGCCAUGAGCGUCCUCAUCCAACACUACAGUGGUAACACCCUCAAAGGUUUGACCACUCCUCUCUGUGUAUACAUGUGCUUCCAAUGUGCCUGAGUCCCUGCCUAUAGAGCACAUUUACAUCAAUACUCACAGUACUGGUGAGGUUAAAUGUUUUUAACACUUCGAUUAGCUACUGUUUGGUAAGUCACCAUCCCAUUGGUAAAAGGAUCAAAUUAGGCAAUGUUAUGACAAAGUAGUUCAACAUUUCACAGGAAUAUGAGUGUAUGUUCUGUACCAGGGCUGUGUCAUAACUGUCCUUGUUUCCUGCAGGUAUGGUAUUCCUCUUGGCCUACAGUGGUGUAAUGUUGCUCCUGACCUCUCCUCUGGUCGCUGAACACGUCAUCCCUGCGAUGCAGGCCUCCAGCACGCUGGCUGUUGUUGCUAGCCGGGUAUGAUACCAUACAAUACUUUUAUUUUCCAUUUGCAUGGAAAUGUAACCAACUGCAAGGCUUAUAGCAGUGGAGGUACAGUCAGCAGAUGGUAUAGACGGCUUGGUUGUUUAGCAACAAAACCGACGCUUGUGCAAUUCUGGGGCAAAACAGACAGGGUUGGUUAAACUGUUGACAACAUGUAAACUAUAAUUAGUCUCCAAAUGUUUAUUGAAAACAUAAAUAAAUGUGCACAAUGAGCACUUGUCUCAAAUACAUUGUUACAGUUGUUGGUUAGCUAGCCAUAUUAGCAUAGACAUGACAUCAGUCAAAACACCUCAAAACAAGACAUGGUCUCAUUAACAAGAUACAAAGAGCUGAAACGAGCCACCUACGAUUAAUUUUACAUUUCAUCUUAAGGGGCGUCGGGGGCACCGUGAGAGUUAUUUAAGAUGCUCUUCAAAGAGGUAGGGUUUCAGAUGUUUUCGAAAGAUUGGCAGGGACUCCACUGUCCUGACUUUAGGGGGAAGCUUGUUCCACCAUUGGGGUGCCAGGACAGGGAAGAGCUUUGACUGGGCUGAGCGGGAGCUGUCCUCCCGUAGGGGUGGGAGGGCCAAGAACCAGAGGUGGCAGAACGGAGUGCUCGGGUUGGGAUGUAGGGUUUGAGCAUAGCCUGAAGGUAAGGCAGUUCCUCUUGCUGCUCCGUAGGCAAGCACCAGGGUCUUAAAGAUAAUGUUUGCUUCGACUGGAAGCCAGUGGAGUGUGCAGAGGAGCGGGGUGACAUGUGAGAACUUAGGAAGGUUGAACACCGGGCAGGCUGCGGCAUUCAGGAUAAGUUGCAGGGGUUUGAUGGCACAAGCGGGGAGCACAGCCAACAGAGUUGCAGUAGUCUAGAUGGGAGAUGACAAGUGCCUGGAUUAGGACCUGCGCUGCUUCCUGUGUGAGGAAAGGUCGUACUCUACGGAUGUGGUAGCGCAUUAACCUGCAGGAUCGGGUCACUGCUUUGAUGUUUGCAGCGUCACACCAAGGUUCUUUGCACACUGGGAGGGGGACACCGUGGAGUUGUCAACCGUGAUGGAGAGGUCUUGGAGCAGGCAGGCCUUCCCCGGGAGGAAGAGCAUCUCCAUUUUUUUGAGCUUGAGGUGGUGGGCCGACAUCCAAGCUGAGAUGUCUGCCAGGUACACAGAGAUGCAUGUCUCCACCUGGGUGUCAGGAGGGGGGAAGGAGAAGAGUAGUUGAGUGUCAUCCGCAUAGCAGUUAUAGGAGAGACCAUGUGAGGAUAUGGCAGAGCCGAGCGACUUGGUGUAAAGGGAAACGGAAAGGAGGGCCUAGAACCGAGCCCUAGUGGUCAGGGAUGAGGGAAGUGAGGAAUGGGAGAAGGUCUCCAGAGAUGGUCUGGAGGAGGGGAUGGGGUCAAGUGGGCAGGUUGUUGGGUGGCCAGACAUCUAGGCAGCUUCUUGUCAUUGUUGCUAGCUACCUGGCCGUUCAGAAUCAUAACACACACCUUCCGGCCACAUCGAUGUGCGCGCAUCAUUUCCGUGACGCUGUCUGCCAACCCGUCUAUAGGAGCAGAGGGAUAUACUACAAAGCAGGAUUCAUGAGUUAGCCAGCUAACUUUGAUAAACAACCAGAAAUAACUAUUGAUUUUCUGGUCCAUUAAAGAAAGCAAAGCUUAGAUAUUUGUUUUUGGUUGUUGAGUCAAUUAGACAGUGCCCAUUUUAUGCUAAUCUUUCCAAAAAAAUUUAACAUUAUUUCAGAAUAUUUCGCUGGCUAAGUCAUUGAUCUUGCUUUGUAGUAUACCCCUCUGGCCUAUGAGAUAAGCAUUGUUCGCAAACUUCAGCAGGAGAAGUACAAUAUUUGAUUAGUCUGCUGCUAUAAUUUAGGUAUUUGUCAAUGGUGAGAAAAGAGGUCAUAAUAAACAUUUGCCUAUAUUGACUUGUACAGACUGGCUGUUGAUUGUGUGUUAUGUUGGAUGUUUGUCCAGGUGAUCCAGGCAGGGACUAACUACUACCAUGGCAACACCGGCAUGCUGUCACCUCUGUCUGUGUUCCUGGUCUUCACUGGCUCCCUGGCUCUUAUCUUCACCUCUAUACAGGUAACGCAGAGACACACACACACACACACACACUUAGAAAAGGAAAAAGCAGUGUUUCUCUAUGUUUAUUACUCUUAUUAAAAAAAAUCUGUACCAUUACAUCCCCUUUCAAUGCCUCUCUUUGCAUUCUACCCUGUUUUCUCAUUUGACUUGUACCAUCUCUUUUCCCUUGUCACUCCUCUGUUCCUCAUCAUUCUCCUACCUCAUUCCCCUCUCAUACCUUUCUUCCCUUAUCCGCCUCUCAUCCCUCCUCCCCUGGCCUUAUCCCUCUCUGUAGGAAACUGGAGACUGGAGCUCUGUCUCUACUGUGACCCAUGUAGUGGCUGCCUGUCUCAGCUGCCUGCUCCUGAACCAGGUGGUUUGUUACAGGAAUAGCAGUACUAAAGACAAGACAGAGUAGUGGUCAAGCACAACUCAAUCCAAGGACCCACUGUUAUAGUAAAUGGGAUACAUUUAUAUAUGUUAUUUCAAUCAUUCCAUUGUGCGUGUGCAUGUGUAGUAUGGCAAGGUUUGUUAAGUUUCAGGUCACAUAAUAAAAUGUAAUACUCUAUAAACUAUAUUACUAUAUAAACGGUAUAUAUAUUUGUACUGCCAGUAAUUGCCUUGUUGCUCGGAGACCAAAGUGUACUGUGAUUCUCAUUCAUACCUAUCUUGCUGCAGAAGGAUAAUCUUCCAAUAAAAAAAGAAAAUAACCUAAUUAUUCCCAUUUUCCCUUCUUAUUGUCUCUUUUACAGACACAUUUUUGCUUCUCCAUUGGCCCAUAUAUGGG